CGUAAUUGUAAGGUGCUCAGAUUGGUCUAGGCUGCAAUCAAAUAUUUUGCUGCGGAAAUUGCAUAUUCUAUAACCGGAAGAGUUUCGCGGUUAUAGUUGUUUUUACCGUUCUGGGUGUGUCGAAUAGAAAUGCGGAGUUGAGACUGGAAUUGCCCUGUAACGCGAGGAUGGUUUGACCAGUGAAACUUACAAGUAAUUUACUCCAUUGGAAAUGCAGACUGCACUGAUACCUCGAGCUUCACUUCUUUGUGCCUUUCCUGCACGAAGAUUGAUUUCAACUAAAGCAGAUUCCACAGUUGAUCGAAUAUUACGUGUCGACCAUGCUGGUGAACUUGGUGCUGAUCGAAUUUAUGCUGGGCAAAUGGCUGUUUUAGGAAACAGCCCUGUCGGUGCAACAAUUCAACACAUGUGGGAUCAAGAAAAGGCUCACCUGGCCAAAUUUGAAGAUUUAAUUCGUAAACACCGUGCAAGACCGACUGUCAUGUUGCCACUGUGGAAUAUUGCAGGAUUUGCACUUGGUGCAGGUAGUGCUCUCUUAGGUCCUAAAGCUGCAAUGGCGUGCACAGUAGCUGUAGAAUCUGUAAUUGUUGAACAUUAUGACAGCCAAUUGCGUGAGCUUGUUGGAAAGCAGAACGAAGCUGUGGAUCAAGAACUGCUUGAGACUAUUCGACAGUUUCGAGAUGACGAGCAAGACCAUCAUGAUACAGGCCUUGCACAUGAAGCAGAAGCUGCACCCUUCUACAAUGUACUCACUGCUGUCAUCAAAGUGGGAUGUCGUACAGCUAUUGCCAUAUCUGAGGCCGUGUAAGAAAUGGUUGAAUUAACUGUUAUUGUAAGCCUGUUGUCUGCUGUUUACCAGAGAGUUUCAAUGUAAUUAUUGUAAAAUUGUCAGGAUAAGGUCUGUAAAACAGAAAAUUUUGCACAAGAA